AUGUCUAAACAAUUUAGUCAUACCACCAACGACAGAAGAUCAUCGAUUAUCUACUCCACCAGUGUCGGGAAGGCAGGGCUUUUCACGCCUGCAGACUACAUCCCACAGGAGUCAGAAGAAAACUUAAUUGAGGGCGAAGAGCAAGAGGGUAGUGAAGAAGAACCUUCCUAUACCGGCAAUGACGAUGAGACGGAGAGGGAAGGUGAAUACCAUUCGUUGUUAGAUGCCAACAAUUCGCGGACAUUGCAACAAGAAGCGUGGCAACAAGGUUAUGACUCUCACGACCGUAAGCGGUUGCUUGACGAAGAACGGGACCUGCUAAUAGACAACAAACUGCUCUCUCAACACGGCAACGGUGGGGGAGAUAUAGAAAGUCACGGACAUGGCCAAGCAAUUGGACCGGACGAGGAAGAAAGACCAGCUGAGAUUGCAAAUACGUGGGAGAGCGCGAUCGAGAGUGGUCAGAAAAUCAGCACAACUUUUAAGAGAGAAACGCAAGUGAUCACGAUGAAUGCGUUGCCGCUAAUCUUCACCUUUAUCUUGCAAAAUUCGUUGUCACUAGCAUCUAUUUUCUCCGUCUCACAUUUAGGGACGAAAGAGCUAGGUGGUGUUACACUCGGUUCUAUGACUGCUAACAUCACGGGUCUUGCUGCUAUUCAAGGUCUGUGUACAUGUCUGGACACACUGUGUGCGCAGGCAUACGGUGCCAAAAACUACCACUUGGUGGGUGUGCUAGUGCAGAGAUGUGCUGUGAUCACCAUCUUGGCGUUCUUGCCAAUGAUGUAUGUUUGGUUUGUUUGGUCGGAAAAGAUCCUAGCACUAAUGAUUCCGGAGAGAGAACUAUGCGCGCUAGCGGCUAACUAUCUACGUGUAACCGCAUUCGGUGUGCCAGGAUUCAUCCUUUUUGAAUGUGGUAAGAGGUUCCUACAAUGUCAAGGUAUAUUCCAUGCAUCCACAAUCGUGCUCUUUGUGUGCGCACCCUUGAACGCAUUGAUGAACUACUUACUUGUUUGGAAUGACAAGAUUGGGAUUGGGUACCUUGGUGCGCCAUUAUCGGUUGUGAUCAACUACUGGUUGAUGACGCUCGGAUUACUAAUAUACGCAAUGACCACCAAGCACAAGGAGAGACCACUCAAAUGCUGGAAUGGUAUCAUCCCUAAGGAACAAGCAUUUAAGAACUGGCGUAAGAUGAUUAACCUAGCUAUUCCCGGCGUGGUGAUGGUGGAGGCAGAGUUCCUCGGCUUUGAAGUGUUGACAAUUUUCGCUUCCCAUCUGGGCACCGAUGCCUUGGGCGCUCAGUCGAUUGUGGCUACGAUUGCGUCUCUUGCAUACCAAGUGCCUUUCUCUAUCUCCGUUUCUACCAGUACACGUGUAGCCAAUUUUAUCGGCGCGUCGCUAUACGACAGCUGCAUGAUCACGUGCCGCGUGUCCUUAUUGUUGUCCUUUGUGUGCUCCUCAAUGAACAUGUUCGUUAUCUGCCGUUAUAAGGAACAAAUCGCAAGUCUAUUUUCUACUGAGAGCGCUGUAGUGAAGAUGGUCGUGGACACACUACCUCUUCUUGCGUUCAUGCAAUUAUUCGAUGCCUUUAAUGCGUCCACCGCCGGAUGCCUACGUGGUCAAGGGAGACAAAAAAAUAGGUGGGUACAUCAACCUAGUCGCAUUCUACUGCCUAGGUGUGCCCAUGGCAUAUGUGUUAGCAUUCCUGUAUCAUCUGGGUGUAGGCGGCUUAUGGUUGGGUAUAACUAG